GACUUUACUCUUACCACUGUUUCUUCAGUACUUGGUGCCUGUUGCCCGGCGCGUGUGCUUCAAUUGCCGGCCAAUUCGCCUGUGAUCUCCGUCUUCGCCGGCCAUCGAGCCUCGAUCUUCCUCUGGUUUUUAUUGAAGGCAGUGGUCUGGAAAAAAGAUUGCUUGAUAAGAUGAGUUCGAGAAAAGGGGGUGGAAAGCAGUUAGCUGCUGGUGCUUCUAAUGCAUCCCCCAAAAGUAGACAUGCAUCUGAAGUCCCUAAUGUUGGGGUUGAACCGUUGAAUCAAGGGGUGGCAGACAUCAGCCUGGAUUCUGCACAAGAUGGUGAAUGGGAGGUUUAUUCAAGAAAAUCUAAGAAUAGAGCUGGAAGCAGUGCUGCAAAAAGUUGGGCUCCUCAAAAUUCUAGUACUAAGGCUUGGGGGCAGCCAGAUACAGCUCAGAAACUAGGCAUGCGCAGUAAUGAUGGAUCAGGAAAAGCUCCUGCCAAUUCCUGGGCUGCACAAACUGCUGAUUCUAGGAAACCAGCAGGAAGAGGAAAUGUGAGGCCCCAAUCAAUCAAUAGAGGGUUGGAGGGUAGCUAUAUGGGCCCACAGCCAGUUAUUCCCCCACCUCUGGAGCAUGGAUGGAAAUGGAACAAUCGUCCUGGUUCCAUAAAAUCAGAAGAUGUGCGAGGCAAAGAUGAAAAUAAUUUCAAUUCCUACUCUGCUGAUAUUGAGGAUGAUAAAGAGGAAGAUAUUGACGACAAUGAUGAUGACGUUGAUGUGGCUGAUGAUAGUGAUGAUGAACUUCUUAGUGAUGAUUUUGAUUCUGAUACAAGCCAAAAGAGCCAUGAAACACGCAAGAAGAGCAAGUGGUUUAAGUCAUUUUUUCAGAUAUUGGAUAGCUUAACAAUUGAGGAAAUUAACGAACCAGCCAGGCAGUGGCAUUGUCCUGCAUGCCAAGGUGGACCUGGUGCCAUUGACUGGUACAGGGGUCUCCAACCCUUGAUCACACAUGCCAAAACAAAAGGAUCAAAGAGGGUCAAACUUCAUCGAGAGCUUGGAGAACUUCUAGAUGAGGAGUUGUACAGGAGGGGUACUUCUGUUGUACCAGCUGGAGAGGCAUUUGGAAAGUGGAAAGGUCUAUACGAGUCAGUUAAAGAUCAUGAGAUUGUUUGGCCUCCAAUGGUUAUCAUAAUGAACACUAGACUUGAACAGGAUGCCGAUGACAAGUGGAUUGGGAUGGGGAAUCAAGAGCUUCUUGAUUAUUUCAGCUCAUAUGCUGCAGUGAAGGCUCGACAUUCCUAUGGUCCACAAGGGCACAGAGGAAUGAGUGUUUUGAUUUUUGAGAGCUCGGCAAUUGGUUACUUAGAGGCUGAACGCCUUCAUAAGCACUUUGCUGAGCAAGGCACAGAUAGGGAAGCAUGGGAUCGUCGUCGUGUUCCUUUCUAUCCUGGAGGAAAGCGCCAGCUUUAUGGAUACAUGGCUAUAAAGGAAGAUUUGACACUAUUCAACCAACAUUCUCAAGGAAAAUCAAAACUGAAGUUUGAGAUGAGAUCAUAUCAAGAAAUGGUUGUUAGUCAAAUGAAGCAAAUGAGUGAGGAUAAUCAACAACUCAUUUGGUUUAAAAACAGAGUUGCAAAAGAACAAAGGAAAUCAAAAGCUUAUGAAGAGUCCCUUGGUAUAGUAAGUGAGAGGCUGCGCAAGUCUAUGAAAGAAAACCGCAUUGUGAAAGAAAGAACAAAAGUACAGCACCAAGAGAGUAAGGAAGAGAUGGAUUUUCAAGAGCAAUUUUUCAAAGAGCAAAUCAAAGUCAUCCAUGACGCCAGAGAUGCUAAGGAGGAUGACUUUGAGAAGUUCCAGCAGGAGAAGCGUGAGAAGGUAAAGCAAUCAAGUGGAAACCCUUCUGCUAUAGAGGAUCCUCGACGCAGCAGGGUGGAGGAAGUUGCAAAAUUCAUCAAAUUUCAGGACAAGGAAAUGGAAAAUUUUGUGGCGGAGAGAGAAGAGCUGAUCAGAGCUCAUGAGGAAAAGGUGGUGGCCAUGAAACAAAGGCAUUGGGAGGAAGAGGUUGGUCUAGAGAAAGAGUUCGAUGAUGAGCUCUCCAAGCUGAUGGAGAAGUACACAUCAGACCUCAGUUAAGGAGAUAAUAUGCUCCAAAUGUUGUUGACAGAAUUGGUACUAAAUCCGGCAGAGAGACUCCAAAGAUUUGAUUUGGUGAAAUAGAUGUGGACAUCUAUAGUUUUUCCUGGGAAAGACUGAGUUUGUUUGUUUUUUUUCUUUUUUUUCUUUUAUCCUUUCCGCUAACAAUACUUAGAAGAAUAUCGCACAGGACAAAGAGAGUUGUGAGAAGCAGAAGUAAUUGUGUGAGGUGGGAGGUGGGGUGUUUCUGAUUUUCGAUUUUGCAUGGAGCUUGUUCAUCCUUUCGCAUUUUGUGCCUCUGAGAGGUGGCUCAGGUGUGACUAAUCAGUUUGUAAGGAUUUUUGUGCCUCAUUUUUUGAGGUUUUUAAGAUUGAAUGGGGAUGGAUCUGGAUUUUUUUUUUUUUUUUUUUUUUUUUUUUUAUGUCAUGGAACAAUCAAAUAUGAAAUCUAAGUAGGUUGUGAACUA